CUCACUUGUAACAAGACGCUCUGUAAGAUACUACAUACCUUACAAGCAACUGUCAAAACCUUUGGAAAUAUCCACCAACGAGCAGGAUAACAUCUCAUCAUGUGCAGAGCACUCGAAUCACUGCCUAUCACCUGCCUGGAGAGGGCAAAGGAGCUGAAAGCUUUGUUUGGAAGUUUACUGCAGAAGUCAGAUCACAGCAUCAAUGGGCAGUCAAAGAAAAGUGAGAAACUGAGAUUUAAUGUGGAUGAGCCUCUGAAAUGGAAGGAGUCAUUUGAGAAACUGCUGUCCAGCCAAAAUGGACUGUGUUUAUUCAGAGCCUUCCUCGUCUCAGAGUUCAGUGAGGAAAACAUCGCCUUCUACUUAGCGUGUGAGGACUACAGGACAACUAAACCUUCAAAACUGGCCACCAAGGCCAAGAAAAUCUAUGACGAGUUCAUCGGCUCUGAUGCGCCACGAGAGGUAAAUCUUGACCAUGUGACCAAAGCAAUCACCAAGGAGAACCUGGAGCAGCCCAGCCAGUCCUGUUUCAACCUGGCCCAAGCCAAAAUCUACAACCUGAUGGAGAAGGACUGCUACCCUCGCUUCCUCAAGUCCUCCACAUACUUGGAGCUUAACAGAAAGGCCAAGACAGGCUAAAAGACUUUAUUAAAAAACGAGAUGUGAUCACUCCUCAAAGGGACAUAAGCUUACUGACGCACAGCGGAGACUGGAAAGGGUCCAGGUGGAACAAAUACCUCAAUGAAGGAGUUUCAGGCAGGGUUGUGGAGUUAUUCCGGAGACCGGAGGUUCCACAGAUCGGGGUCUGAGCUGGGAGCUGAAGGACACAUGAAGCUGUGAGAAGAGAUUGACACAGACUGAAAAGCAGUCUGCCUCUGAAAGAGACACCUGUACUGUACAUACAUAGAGCUGCAUGAAGGGCAGCCGCAAGGGGCAUGAAUUAUAAAAUAUACAGACAGAAAAGAGUUGCUUUCACACAACAAAACUACCACUGGGAGAGAUGAUCUCCCUAGCAUAAAUGUUUAUUUAUUUUCUAUUUAUUUAAAGUAAUUUUUAUGAUGUGAAUGUUUACUGUACAACCAGUUGGUAAAGAAUGUGUAUUUUCUAUGUUUUUAUCUGAAGGAAUGCAUGUAAAAAGUGAAAGCAUUGAAUAAAAGAUGAUUAA